AAGGAUCAGCUGUAUUUAUUGACAACAUUGCAGCGCUGCAUUAUAUAGAACAGCUCUGAACCUCUUCCCAGGGCGGUACAUGAAACGCAGCCUGGUGAGAGGGCGAGGCUACGACUGCGCGUUGUAGAUGCACAAUGAUGAGGAUUCCACCGCAAGCAGCUCCAUGGUGCAGAUAGGAAACCACGGAUACAGCUGGCAGCCGCCAACACCAUCGAUGUGAACACAGGAGGUGGAGCAUCGCAAGAUGAGCUGCAGCCUUUAGGAAGUAAUUCUUCCCCCUCCUUACUUUUUGCAGCAAGUUUUUUUUAACAUAUGUAUGUUGCACAAGGCGAGAGUGAUGGUGAUUAUUUCAGAACAGAAAGGAAGCCAACAGUCGGAUGGUACAAUGUCAGGCUCCGAUUCAGUAGACGGCGUUAGGAAGUCAGCAGCCAACCGACAGAAUACCCUGACAGUGCAAGAGUUCCCAGAGGUUGUUCCACUGAAUGUAGGAGGCAUGUAUUUUACGACAAGACUAUCCACUUUGAGGCGUUAUGAAGACACUAUGCUAGCAGCAAUGUUCAGUGGCCGACAUCGUAUUCCUACAGAUUCAGAGGGACGUUUCUUUAUUGACAGAGACGGGACCUACUUUGGAGACAUUCUAAAUUUUUUACGGAAUGAUGACCUUCCACCUCGUGAGAGAGUGAGAACAGUUUACAAAGAAGCACAAUAUUAUUCUAUUGGACCGCUUCUUGAGUGUCUGGAUGAAUUACAGCCUCUGGCUAGUGAAAAAGUCAGAAAAGCAUUUUUAGACUUGCUGCCUUAUUACAAAGAGAAUCUGGAAAGGAUCAUUGAUAUUGCAAAACAAAGAGCAAUUCAACGAAAGGCAAGAUUUGCAAAGUUGAAGAUUUGUGUUUAUAAAGAGGAGAUGCCAGUCACACCAUAUGAACAUCCUCUGUACAACUCACUACGUUUUGAUAGAAGUGAGAAUGAGACAAAACUCUUUGAACAUCACUGUGAAGUUGAUGUGUCAUUUGGCCCAUGGGAAGCCAUUGCUGAUGUAUACGACCUUCUUCACUGUAUCGUGACAGACUUAGCAGACAGAGGAAUUACAGUAGAUCACCAAUGUAUAGGCGUGUGUGAUAAACAUCUUAUAAACUGUUAUUACUGCAAACGCCCAAUUUAUGAAUUCAAGAUUACCUGGUGGUGAAUAACAUUUUAAAAUAAUUUUUAGCUUCAUAUUUAUUUGAAAUCACAUUAUGAUGGGAAUAGUUUUGCAAUUUAGUUUAUUAGUAGCCUUGAGCGCAGUGGUACUGUCCCUACCUCUGGGCCAGAGGGUCUGGGUUCAAGUCUGGCCUCAGAAUGUGUGUGUGGCCUUGGAAGUAUGUCAUAACAUGUCCAAACAGUCUGAUUAAAAUAAAUUAUUACUGAUACCAAGAAAACUUAGAUAUUUUUACCACCUGAAAGCCCACAGUGUGCUGUAGCCAGGUAAGAUUAGUUAGUUGCAUUUUAACUUUUAGCGUAACCUUUCUUGUGCUGGCAGGUCUGAUUGAUUAAUGCAACAUCGAAUUUGUUGUUGUAAAUAAGACUGUACUCACACCCAAGAUGCAGCAGCAUUUAACAGUCACUUUAGGGCCAUUUAGUGCAUUUUUGUUUAUGUCUAUCAGAAAAGUCAAAUCUUUUGCUCGUAUUUCUCCAGGAAGUUAGUGUAUUGUUGUGUACAAUAAAAGUAAUAGCAGACGUUUACCUGUUUAUUUCUUGCACCAAAAACUCUCCAUGAUUAAAUCAUCACAAAUUAGAUGCUGGGAUAGUUUCAGUCAAUAUAUUUUCAUCUUUGACCUUGAUCAAGUUAAGUGACGAAAAAGCACAGUAAAUGUCUGAGGUUUUCAUGCUUACUCAGAAUUUGAAUAGGUUCUGGAAGUUGUACACUUUUAGGAUGUGAAUACUUUGAGUUUCGGCAUAUAGUUUCCUUUGGUUUCUAAUUUUUGGAAUGGUAGUCUGUAGUCUUUCCUGCACUAUGCCAUUCUCAAAUUUCAACAAAUGAAUAAAAAACAUUUUGAUUCAGCUAGGUCCUCCCAGCUUAUUGCUAUAUUCAUUGGUUGCAGUGCUAUGACACACAAAGCCAACAGGCCAAACCAAAUCAGCCUUCCUAUCCCUUGAUUUGCAACACAAUAAAAUUAAAACAUCAAUGACCCUGAAAAUCAUUCAAUUGUUCCCAAUCAGACCUUAUAAAUAGCACAUAUCAAACAACACAUGUAUAAUUCAACUAAAAUCUUAUUGGUUUAUUGUUAUUGAUACAACUUUAGUAGAAUGCAGAUAAACAACAAGGUGAUCGACUUACUAUCCACAAUCUAAACUCAACCUUCUUCAAACACCAACUGGAUGGACAGGUACAGUUAAGGAAUGAAUUAAAGAAAAAUAAACAGUUGUAAUUUGCUAGUCAAUGGUUUUAAGAUGCGUAAUAGGUUUUCAGAAAACCUUGAACAAUGGUGCGCUUCCAAAUAAUU